CGUUAUGACAAUUGAUGCUGGGCUUGGCUUGCGCUCUGUCUUUCUCCGGGGCCAUGUGAGUCUGUAUAGAACGAAAAAGCAACUCUAAGAACGAAGGGGUGGAAACGUAUGCAUAUAAAAUACAUACUCGGUUUAAAGUAGGAACAAAAAAUACGCGUGUAGAGUGCAAAGCCGGACAUAUUUAAUUGUUCCAUCAUAUUUGGACUGUGAGCCGUAGAAGUACAGCGAAUGCUUACGCAUAGAUAAGAAAUUUAAUUCAUUUUCGUAGGACUGGAGGGUCUUGAAAGUUAUGUGAUCUGCAGAUGUGUGCACACGCUUUGUGACAUGUUUUGGAAAAAAUAUAUAACUCGGAUCUUGUUUUCGGAAUGUUUCAGUACAGAAAAAGGCAAUAGGACCUCUUUAAUAUUGUAGCGAACUUAAGUUCCAUUAAGGGACAAUUUAUCCUUCCUGCAUUUAAACACCUAUUUUUGAAUGGCAAGAUUCACCACUACCAGCCGCGGAUGCAAGAGUAUAGGCAUCCCAACAGUGACAGGGUUACCUGGACCUCUGAUGAAAAAGAUACAAUAAUGGAGACACUGAGUUCAGAGGGAAGGCUGGAAAGUUUGAAAGAACACAUUUAUUGUUGUAAUGCAGCAACAGAAGUUCUAAAGUUCGGUCAGUCUAAUCUAUUGCAUGCCAGUGGAUGUGAAGAAUCUUCCUCUGUACUUUUUUUGAUCAUUCCAGGAAAUCCAGGGAUUGUUGGUUUUUACAAGACAUUCAUGCAAGUCAUCUACCAAUCAUUUGACAAGAAAUAUCCUGUGUGGGCUGUAAGUCAUGCUGGGCAUUGUGUACCUCCAGACUUUAUGGAUAUGAAAGAAGACACAAAUGACGCCGAAUUGGAGGAUGUCUUUGGUCUAAAUGGGCAAGUUGAACACAAAAUGGCCUUCCUAAAGCAAUAUGUACCACGAGAUGUAAAGCUCGUACUGGUUGGGCAUUCCAUCGGAUGCUACAUUAUCCUGGAAAUAAUGAAGAGAGACCCAUUACUUCAGGUUCUCAAAUCUGUGUUGCUGUUUCCAACAAUAGAGCGAAUGGCUCAGUCGCCUCAAGGAAAGCUUAUGACUCCUAUGCUGUGCCGACUGCGUUAUGCAAUGUAUGUGCCUAUUUACCUGCUCUCCUUCCUGCCAGAAAGAAUCAAAGCCUCCAUGGUGAGAUUGUUGCUGCAUCGCCUCCAGACACUGGAUGAAUCAUGUGUUUCUGCCACCAUUAACCUCUUUAGUGUGGAUUGUACAGCAAACGCAAUGUAUAUGGGAAGCCAAGAGAUGGUUCAAGUUAUGGACAGAGAUAAUGCAACUAUUCAAGAGAACCAAGAGAAGUUAAUCUUCUACUAUGGUGAAAAUGAUAAUUGGUGCCCUGUACAAUAUUACGAAGAGAUAAAGAGAGACUUUCCCAAAGCUGACAUCCGUUUGUGUAACAAAGGAAUUCGUCAUGCAUUUGUCCUGGAUGCUGGAAGAGAUGUGGCACUGAUGAUGACUGAAUGGCUACAGAAAGUCUUGCACAGUCUGUAGUCUUUUGUUUUGUGUAUGGUCUUAAUGUAGCUUCUUUUGCAGUAAGACAUCAUGUGCACCCAACUUGGUUAAUCAAUCAUAAAACACAGUACUUUAAGAAACAAGAGCAACAUUGUUAAAAAAUGUUCCUGCAUUUUGAAAUGGAGAAUGUUUUUUAAGCUGUUCUUUUAUAUAUUUGUAGUAAUUAUUGUAAAUCUAUAGCAAUUUCUUACAGGCCUAAGAAAUCAAAGAAGUUAAUUUCUUGUAACGUUCAACUACAGUAACUUACCAUAGAUAUCUAGUACCUCUCAUUUGUCAUUAAUGGCAAUAAUCAUGCUGAAAUUGUUAGAUUAGUAUUUUGGAAUGAAUGUUGAAAGUGGGUAACAUUGCAAAAAAAUAGCUUAAAGUCUGGUAUAUUUAUUUCUAAUUUAGAAUACUGCCCGGUAUAGUGACAGGUUUGAAGGAAGCAAUUUAUUAAAGUAGAGGGUACUGUUUAUAUAUAGCAAAUGAGAUCCAGUAUUCUGAAGGCAUCCUCUGCCCUUUAAAUUUUUUUAAUAGUUUGCACGGAUUUCUGAAAAUCAUAACUUAUUUUCUCACAACUACAAUAUAAGCACAAAUCCCAAAGCUGUAGGAAUCUUUCUCAAAAUGAAACAGUUUUCAAAGCCUUGUAAACACUCAAUAAGACAGCAUUUUAAUCCAAAAUGCUACAAGCAAGCUAAUUAAUGGACUCAUUCAACACCAUUUAUACACAUGUGAAAAAUGACACUGUAGUAUUAGUAUGAUUUGUAUUUCACUUGUAAAGUGGUGUGCAAGAAAAACUUUGUCUGAUAAAAAAGAGAUAAACAAACACAGCAUACAAGAGAAAAAAGGAUAGCAUGAACUAGAAAACAAAAAAAUGAUUCAUUGUACUAUCUUGUCUCCUGAUACUAUACUUACAGUGUCUGAGCAGUGGGGAGAAAAUAGUAAUGAAUGAUGAGUCCUGGCUUUAACAUGACUCUUAUGAAGUAUCACCACAUAGCUUGCGCUGACAAGACAUGAAACGUUACACCAUUGGCCACUGUGCUGUAAUGGAAUCGCUAGCCAGCAUAGGGAGGAAUAUCUAACUUAUGCACCCAUAAGCAACCAGGGUGGUCUUCAUUGUUAUACUACUUCAGGGCCUUAUACUGGAGUGUAGUACACACACUCUUUUUUUCUUGAUUAACUUCAAUGCUUUUCUCAGUUCUCUGGAUGAUGUACAGGAUGAUUUAUGUGAGUGACCAAUACACAGCAUGUAAUCAUUUGGGACAGCAUUCUUUGAGACCAAUAUGGUGGAAAUUUGGUUUAUAUUAAUAUUUUUCAUUAUUUAGCAGAUGCUCUAAUCCAGUAUGAGUUACAAAGCAAACCAUAGUACAAUGUAGUAAGAGUCUUUCCAUUCCCUGCUAUUCAUCCCUUUUUGAACCUGAUCAUUUUUUUUUGCCUGAAGAUAUAAGAUUUAGAAUGUCAAUCCUCCAUGACCUUUUAUCCUCUUCAUUGCAAAGUUAAACCCUUGUUCUACCAGAGAGAGAUAUUCAUGGCAAGUUAGACUUUAAUCCACUCUAGUCAUUGUCUUAAAAAGACUCAGAAUCUUAUCUUUGAGCAAGUAUGUUGAAAACAUUUUGAUGGCAUUUUGCAGUGACUAAUAGAAAGAGGUCUGGGAAAGUCAUAUUUUUGAGACUCACAUAAAUCACAUUUUUAGCACAUCUCUUGUACACUUUUUAGGAAAGUUCUGUUUUUUUGCCAUGCAUUAGUGAGACUAUUCAGUGUUCACAUAAUAAUGUAAGAGACAAUGCAUUAAAUAAAACUUACAGAGAUAAGAAAAUAAUAUUCAAUGUAGCCCUUGAUUUUAGAGGAAGCUGGCAGUGUAUGUUGUGAAUUAUAAAUAAAAAAGAUGAACAUAAAGAUUUAAAAUGAAACACUAUGGGACAUCAGGAUUUACAAAGUUAAGUCCCUUUUUUUGCUUUUUUACAUUCUCACAGUAUUAUGAAGCACUAUUUUAAAUAUAUUUAAAGCUAUUUUUCAAAUACAUACACACAUUUUCAUCAUAUUUAUGAUAAUUUUAGUAUAGGCCUUUUGUGAUUUUUUUUUUCUCCUUAUGCUCUUAAUAGCUUACUCAGUUGAGUUACUUUAUAUUCUAACAAAAAAAAUGAAUGAAGGUUUACACAAUGGAUAUCAAUAAAUAUCUAUCCAUCCUUUUUUUAAUCUGAAAUUUACCUUGGCCAUUACAGCAUCCCAGGGUUCUGGAGCCUUGGGCAGUAGUAUGAAGCACAACAAUGCUUUGUUUCAGCAUACACGCACAGAAAUCUAUUAGUAACAGAUCAGUUUAGCAAUGAUACGAAACCUACCAUGAAACCAGGGCACCAUAUUAGGCCUACAGUAUGUAGACACUGGGGCUACUCCACACAAAUUGAGGCAAAAGUGAGAAUGGAUCCCGGCCCUUGGAUCUGUGAAGCAACAGCAUUUUAAAGAAAAGUAGUUUAUAAGUUCUUGAAUAUCCAGAGAAAGUGAACCUAGGUGAGAUUGUUAAGUAGCACAGUGAGGAUCUUUGAAGGUACCUAGAACGUCAUGAAAGUAAAUUGAUUACUUAAAUAAGGAGUAUACUGUAAAUAAAAUUAACCUCAAACUUUUGAAAAAUAAAGUCUGCCACAGUUUAAAUAAAAUUAACUUUAGAAGUUGAAAAAAAGACUGCUACAGGUAUUUCUUAAUGUGCUACUACAGGGUUGCUUAAUAUCACAAUGCCUUAGUAUAAAAUUAUUUUUAUGGACACAUUUACUACUCACAUAUAGUACAUUACAGUAUUUUAGGAUUAUUACCGUAAAAGGCAAAUGUGAAUAACAUCAAAUAUAUGCUUAUAUUGUAACAUUUAAGAAGACAACACCACAGUUUAUCAUUCUACUUGGGGCUCUGCUUGUUCACUGUGCUGCCUUCCAUAGAUCUUACAAGAUUAUUUUUGCCAGCUUCUAUUACAGCACACCCUCAAUAUGAAUAAACAAUAUUGAUAUUACUAAAAUUCACCUUUAAUCAGCACUCAUUAUGCAGAUAAUUUGUUACGAAUAUCUGAAUACUGGGGACUUUACCAUUUUGAAUCCUGGUGACUUUAAACGAGGGAAUAAACUUCUAUCAACAUGUUACAUUCAUGGAUACUACAAUGAAAUGUUAAUGACUUUAAAUAUAAACUUGUGGUACAAUCUGAGCAGGUAAGAACUCAUUUAACUGCCGCUUAAAACCACGUUAUCGACCACAUAUCCUAGCCAAAAAUUUAUCAUAAAGUAAAUGCUGUACAUGUAGAACAUUGACUUUAUAUAGUAUAUAUUACUUUACUAAAGUAAUAUUCUUCAGCCACUUUGAAAUGCUGUGAAUAAAACAAAAGAGAGAAUUAUGUAGGAAGCUGACAUUAAACUAGGUUUAAUGUCAGAUUGUAGCAGAAUAUUAUGACCAAUGACUACAUGUACAUAUGGAUCUGUUCAUUUCACCUUGAUUAAUUUAAAUGUAACAUGCCAUGAUGAAACUGUGAAUAAAAACAAUCAAACAAUCAUAAAAACUAGGCACUUCUGUUUUCAGUGGCAGAGAAAUCUAGAUGCAGACAUCGUUACACAGUGUUUUCUGGAUUUGACUCCUCAUCUGGUCACAUUCUCACUGUUUCACAUACAGUAGAUUGUCUCCAGAUGCUCUGGGCUUCUUUCACAGUUCAAACUUGUGGAGGUCAAACUGAAUGUUCUGAGGAGUGUCAGAGUUACAGCUAUGUGCUUUAGGUGUGCAUUGUUGUGGGGUGUUCAGGUUUGAUGCUCCCAGGUUCUCUUUGUUCAAGUUCCAUUUUAUUGUCAUAUACACAUAGUAUAAUGGAAAAUGACUGGUCUAAUUUAAAAAUAAAACAUACAGUAAAUUUUAUUUGUUGUUUUUAGUUUGCAAGUCCAGUUUCAGAAUUAUUGUUAGUGGUGUGAUAGUUUAAUGACUGCUGUGAUGAGAAUGUUUGCUACCCAUUUCCUUUAUCUCUCUAAUUAAUAUCAGGGAAACUAGACCAGGAAAAUGCACUGAAAAUUUAAAUCUCAUUUGUAAAAUGUAAGCUUAAUAUUAUUGUGUUUAAAUUAUUUUCCUGCUGUAUUAUGCAAUGGCAAACACUGAUACAGUAGGUACCAAAGUACAAAACAGCAAAAUAAGCACGCUGUUUUAAAAGUUACUUUUGCUUUCUUGUUUGAAUAUUCGGGUAUCAGUUUUUCUGGGCUAUGUUAAAUAAGUGUACUCUCAAGUUAUAUUUUCAUUGUGAAAUAAUUUAAAUAUCACUGAUUCAUUUAUGCAAUUUAUUGAGGAUGGUUUAUUGUAAACGUGUUUUUAAUUUUAUGGGUUAAAUGUAUUGUUACCAGACCAUAUUUUAUUUUGCAGAUUUUUUUUAUUAUUGCACUUACUCUAAGUAGGCUGCACUAUGUUCUCCUUGUAUAUUAUUAAAAUAGAACAUGAUGCAAUUUUACUAUAAAUUAUAAGUAAAUACUGUAGCAACUUGAAUUCUUUUAUAAGAGAGAACUAAUUUCCUCAUACUGUACUUGAUGCUAUCAAUUAAUAUUUUUACUUUCCUUUUUUACCCUGUUGUCCUUUUUCUUGUGAUAGCUUUCUGAAAUAAACUGUUUGAUUAUAUUAUUAUUACUUGUACUUCAACUACUCUAAGAUUUUGGAAGAUGGCUUGACUUCUGGAAAAUACCAGUUAUGAUUACAUUUGUGUUUUUAGAUUACUGUAUUGGAAAAAACUAUUGUAAACUUAUUGUAUCCAUUGCUUAAAUAAACCUUAUAUUAAAACAAUAA